UUGAUCGGUUUGAUUCUUCAUCUAUUUUACUAACAUAACAACAUGGCGAUCUUGUAAUCAGUUGUUGAGUAUGGUGUAAUUUUUAUUUCAAACAUUUGAAAUACAGUUCAAAUACGUAUACAUAUACCGGUGACUCUUUACUUCUUUUAUUGAUAAUAUAUUGUGUAUAAUUAUAACUGUUCAAAACCAUUACUAGAGUACGUACAGAUAUCUUUGUUGUUAGAUGAGUGAAAACGCACGCUAUUAAAUAUAAUAAUAUUUUGAAGAUAUUUGAACUUUGUUGGAUUUCUUCGUAAUUUCCUUGAUGUUCUUAUGAUGCCGAGACGAAGUACAGAGGUGGCGCAGCUUCCCAUGCCGCCGAGGAAGAAAAAUAAGAUUGUAGAGGAACCCAUAAGCUUAGAUGUUAGUUUCUCUGAUGAUGAGGCAUUACCCCCUGGUAUAAUAUUUACUGAUGUUCAGCAGAAGAAAUGGCGUAUAGGAAAACCUAUUGGCCGAGGCAGUUUUGGGCGUAUAUAUCUGGCAUCAGAUGAUGUUGACACAGAGGUAACAAAAAUGAAUGCUAGAUAUGUGAUAAAAAUAGAACCACACACAAAUGGGCCACUGUUUGUGGAAAUACAUUGUUUAAUUCGAUCUGCGCAGGCUUCUAAAGUAAAUCUAUGGCGUCAACAAAAGAAACUGAAACGCCUUGGUAUGCCUGUUUACAUUGCUAGUGGAUCAUUCACAGAUGAAAAUACAGGAAUGAAAUACCGUUUUCUAGUGUUACCCCGAUAUGAUUUGGAUCUGCAAAAAAUUAUAGCCAGAACAAGAGUGUUGGAUCUGAAAAAUGUUCUAGUUCUCGCAAUACAGAUAUUAGAUGUGUUAGAAUAUUUACAUAGUCAGGGUUAUACCCAUUCAGAUAUAAAAAGUUCCAAUCUUAUGCUUGGCUUUGUUGGAUCAAAAUUAGGACAAGUUUCUACCAAAGUCAAGAUAACACCAUCUUUCCAAAAAGAAACUAAAGCGGUUUCUGUACUAUCCGGAAAACAUAGGAGAGCUAAAAGUGGAAAAUCUAGAACUUCAAAUUACUAUGAUGAUGAAGACUUUAUUAUUAGGGAUUAUAAAAGUCCAAGUUCUGAAGAUAAAUCUGAAAAUGACAAACGUUUGGCAAAUGUUAAACGGAAGUUGAGAAAGAUACUCUCUGAUAGAGACAGUAGGACCUUGCACCGACAUCAUGCUUUCAAUUUGAGACAGUUGUCAAAUUAUGUAAAUUAUGAAGAUUUAAAUAGCUCUGUUUGCUCUGAUCAGUCAUAUCAAAGAUUAUUGGAUGACUUUGGAAAUAAUUUCAUACGUACAACUGAGGAAUUCAGAGAAACUAAGAAGAGAAAUCAACAUAAAGAUUAUGAAGACAACCCAAAUGACCUGUAUAGAGAAGCCAUACAAUCACAGUCUAAUGGACAAAUUUACUUAUUAGAUUAUGGAUUAGCUUCGAAAUUUUUAGAUGCCGAUGGCAAUCACAAAGAUUUUGGUAUGGACGCGAGAAAGGCGCAUGAUGGCACACUAGAAUACAGUUCAAGAGACUCGCAUAUUGGGGCUCAUUCUCGCCGUUCUGACUUGGAGACACUCGGCUACAAUUUACUAGACUGGUUAACUGGUACCCUGCCAUGGAAAACUGCUGAAGUACUUGCUGAACCAGAUUUGGUACAUGCAUUAAAGAAAAAUUUCAUGGGAGACAUAAAGUUACUAUUGAAAACUUGUUUUAAGACUGAAUUUUUUCCACAAUUUAUGGAAAAAUAUUUGGAAUAUAUUACAAGUCUAGAUUUCACUGAACAACCAGACUAUGAUUAUUGUAGGAACUUAUUUAGAAGCGAGUUGUUCAAAAAUAAUUCUGUUGGUGAUAAAGAGGUGCUUCUCAACUUUGCAGAACCACCUAUGUCACCAAUUAAACGAAACAAACUGUGUUAUUCAAAAAGAUUUGGUAAGAAAAAUACAUCUGAUUUCAUGUCAAGAAAUGGUAUCAAAACUACAUAUGAAAGAGAAAAUAUUUAUUCCUUAGAAAAUGAUCUUAAAUUGGAACUAUUGAAACAAACAUUAAACUGUUCUAGUGACGGCAUACGUAAACCCUGUUCUUCCCGAAACUUCUUUAUAUCUGACGCCGAUUUGGUAGCUCGUCUUAAAAAGUCAUUAAUGCCACUCGACAUUCUUGGCAAGAAAUUGUCUCCAAAAAAUUUACGCUCCAAAAAGAAAACUAUUAAGAAACGAAAGGGUGUUAAAAGGCACAGAAAUAGUAUUGGAAAGUUUGGAAAUUUUAUGGGCUCUGCAAGGCAAUUCACUUGGGCCGAAAUAUUAGCUGGCAAUCCAGAAGAUAUAAUCCGUAAAGAGCGCAAUGUUACUAUGAUUGAUGAAGAUGAUGACGAAAACAAUUGCAAAUACAGAAUUAGAAAGUUAUCCAAUGCUUCAUCAGACAGUUCUACUGAUCACCUUCAAUCGCCAUUGAUGCAAAAAGAUUACUUUCAAGGAACAAUUCCUACUUAUGCAAUGAAGGAAGUAUUAGCCAACUUCAGGAAAAGGGCUACGGGCAAAGUUACUAAAGAUUCUGAAGACUGUUCACAAGGUUUAGAAGGUUAUACUCCAGCUAUGAUUAAAAUAUAUAGAAUAAAAGAGAAACAGGAAGCUAAAGAAAAACUUGAUGCAUUGAAACAACAGAGCUCGGCAAAAAAGGAGAUAGUGGAAAUACAACCAAGGUGUACAAGAUCUAUGAAGAAGAAGAAUGUCCAGAUAGUUGAACCGAAACUGAGGGUGACAAGAAAAAAGACUGUGAGUGUGGAUAGUGAGAAAAAAAUAGACAUAGAAGUAGUUACUCCUAAGAAAAAUAAUAAAACAAGAAAUAGAAGCAAGGCUGCUAACAAAAAAGAAGUUGAAAUUGUUGAAAAAGAAAAAUCGCCGCCCAGAACUGCUAAAAGAAGCAAAUGCUCCGUUGUCGUUCCUACCAACCGGAGACGCCUUCGCAGCAGCAAGCGCAAGCAAAACUAAUUAACCUAUUCUAUUACUGUGUCGACAUUUUUUUAAUGUAUUGUAGAUUUAUUCUUUCGGAACUCAGAUAAAGGAACAAACUUGCAGCAUAUACAACAUUAUUUGUAUGAAAUAUGUAAAGUAAGCUUUCACUUGAAGAGCACGUAAUGUACACAUAUUGAGAAUGAGCAGGUUUAUACUAAAGUCUUCAUAGUUUAGCUGUUCUCAUACGACUUAACGUUUGUUUCACAAAUAAAAGUUACUCCACACAACUCCAAUUCUUUCUUACCAAUGGCAAAAUGUGAUUGAUAAAGCAGUUUAACCACUUUCUACAUUGGAGUCGCUGGUUUGUUCCUUAUUCUGAACUCUAAAUAAGUGUUGUGCCGCCUCAUGUCUGACAAUAUUGCUGAUGAUAUUAUUUCGUCAUUCAUUAUAAUAAAUGUAAUUCUAAAUACAUGAUAAAAUGAUGCAAUAUUUAUUAUUGAUACAAUUGAAAUCGGAAAUAUUGACAAAUAAACAGCAUCGCCUUACAUCAAGAAAAAAGUAGAAACGGAUCGCUAUAUACAAUAAAUGUGAAAACAUGUUUUUUAGAAGAAUUUUAAUGGGGCAUUCAUAAGAUAUGUUUUGUAUAAUUUUUGUAUGAUUUAUUAUAUUAAGUAAUUGAUCUUUUUGUUUUGUUACACAUUAACUAUAACACUGAUUUAACGUAACAUGUAUUGAUCCUGUGUUCCGUCUUGACUUUUUUUUGUUGAUCUGUAUCAUUUUGCAUAUACAAAAAAAAAAUCGUUACAUUGUCUUGUACUUGAAAUCAUUAUUGACAAAUGUAUAUUAUAAGUGUAAUAAAAGUGAGUUGAAUUAAUUUCGAACUUGGAUUCAAUGUAAAUAUUACGUUGAAAAUAAAUUCAAGUUUAUUUGAUCAGUUUUUAUAAUGUUAUAUAUACACACCUGAUUAAACUUUGUCCGAUGUCGCCAUUACUGCAUCGGUAUCUGCAUUGGUUAUUGUAAUCAUAAAUAUACAAAUUUAGAAAUCAUUUUUUUUAGUUUUAAAAUAAUCGGUGUGAGGAAUUAACUCGAUAUUAUAUAAAAGCUUAGUAAAAUUUAUGAAUUUGGAAAAUUUGACUGAUUUACAAAAUAUGUAUUGUAAAUUUACAAUGUGACUAGUAUUUACUUAUUUAAAGUAUCACAAACCAUCAAUCCAUAAUCCUUUCGUACCAAUAAUUUGCAAUACAAUUAUAUAUAUUAUAUGUACUUAACGAUUUAGGUAUGGACAUUUUUUGGCUAAAUACCUACUACAAUAAUAGUACCCAAUGCUGUAUGUAAACAUUUAUUUAUAUUAGAAAUUUAAUUAUUCUUUUUACUGCCAUAUUUAAUUUAAAAAAUCUUGCAUUUUAUUGACUAAAUACUGCAAUGAAAAUUAGUAUAACUAUAAUAAAAGCAUUGCAUGUAAAUUACUUACGUAAAUAUAUAUAUUUCUUGUCUGUGUUAUGUUAUGAUUAUUUUCCAUGACAAAUUCAAGAUUUUUUUUAUUAAAUAUGCGUAGAAUAUAAAAAUAAUAUUUAUAAUAACUCAAUUGCAAAUGGUACAAGUAAAAAUGUAUGGGCGUCGGGCUCGGGUAUUCCAUCAAUUGAUAUCAAUGAUAUAAUUGGCUUAAAUAUUUUUUUGCAUUUAAUAUUUUAACGUAACGCGGCAAAAUGCCCGUUUCGAAUAUUUUCUUGUGUAAUUCUCUUGUAGAUGAUUAAAAUGAUUUUGUUAUUAUGUA